UAUUUUGUACAUGGUGUUUGGGAGUGCUCCGUCAUUUGGAAAAGUUUAUACCUUUUUUGGAAGAUUUGCACGAAUUUGUGCUAUUCUUAAGUUUCUUCUUUCUUUUUUACUCCCUACUUCUCUUCUCUUUAUUUCGGCAGACAGAUUCAGUAAAAUAAUACAUCACUCUUAAAAGUUUUGCUCUUGUUCUUAAUUUCCCCCAGCUCACCAAUCUUUGAGUUUGGGUUUUUUGUCUUUUGAUUAAUGGACACCCUCUAGACCCAGCAGAACCCAAAUUGGGAAAGAAAGGUUUAAAGAAGAAGGAGAAAAAAGGACCAGUCUUUGGGCACAUAGUUGCUGAAAGAAGGAACAAUCAUGGCCGUGGGUGAGAACGGGUCUUUGAAUCGGACGGACGGCAAUGAUUCUGCUGCCGUCGAUCAUCAGUCAAAUCAGAACGGCGUGCCACGGUCAACGUUACCGAUUGAUCAGAAUCUUCAGAUGAAAACCACUGUCCAUAAGCCUCAAAUGGAUGUAUUUCAACAGCAACAACAAAGAAUCAACGACAAUGGAGUGCUGAGUCAUCACCAUAAUCUUCAGCAUAAGAAAAUGAACGGUGUUGAUGAGGAAGGGUUUAACACCAGCAGGGAGAUGAGGGAUUUGGAGGAAAUGUUCUCCAAACUGAACCCCAUGGCUGCAGAGUUUGUUCCCCCCUCCCUCUCUUCAGACAACUACGGUGGAGUAGUGCCAUUCCUUCCCGGUGGAGAACAAUUUGGGUUUGAUGCUUUCAAUCUUGCUGUGCAAGCUGGACUCAGUGGCAAUGGAAUUUCCAACAUAAGGAAGAGAAAUGGCUAUGGUCAUGGUAGGAGAAGGAUGAAUGGCCGGACAACUAUGGCCCAGCGCGAAGAGGUUAUAAGGAGGACUGUUUAUGUGUCUGACAUUGAUCACCAGGUGACUGAGGAGCAACUUGCUACACUCUUUCUUGCUUGUGGGCAGGUGGUUGACUGUCGCAUAUGUGGAGACCCCAAUUCUUUACUCCGUUUCGCCUUUAUUGAAUUUAUUGAUGAAGAAGGAGCAAGGAAUGCCUUGAGCCUUGCAGGAACUGUGCUAGGGUUUUACCCUGUGAGAGUGCUUCCCUCUAAAACUGCAAUUGCACCAGUUAAUCCAAAAUUUCUUCCAAGGUCCGAAGAUGAAAGGGAGAUGUGUGCAAGAACUAUAUACUGUACAAACAUUGAUACAAAGGUUACUCAAGGAGAUGUCAGGCUCUUCUUUGAGUCCUUUUGUGGAGAGGUUAAGUGCUUGAGGUUGCUUGGUGACUAUCGUUAUUCCACUCGUAUAGCUUUUGUCGAGUUUGUUAUGGCUGAGAGUGCCAUUGCUGCACUGAACUGCAGUGGUGCAAUCCUGGGAUCACUCCCUAUAAGAGUAAGCCCAUCAAAGACUCCUGUUCGACCACGUGCUCCUCGUCCUGCAGUGCAGUGAUAAAUCACUUUGCAUUCCUCAGCUGAUCUUAUAUCUAAAUACAUACGUAGAUGCAGAUAUCACUAAGCACCUCAUGGCUUUUGUCAUUUAGUUUAUUCUCAUUACUCAGCUAAGCGUCUCUCACCUACAGGAUACUUGUUCUUAAGCUUGUACUGUUGGCAGAGGUUUAUGAGUGCUUAUGUUGAUGUAAUUUAAGUCUGCUAUACUGUCUCUCUAGGCAAUGCCCCGAGCACCUGUACUGAUUGAUGUCCUAAUGGUAACUUUCUUCAGUGAGUUCCGCGAUAUUCCUCUA